AUGGAUAUCAAAACGUUACUUCGCAAUCUUCGCGAGGAAGUUUCGUGCCCAGUGUGUACUAACGUGUACACCGAUCCAAAGCACCUUCCAUGUCUACACACGUUUUGUCUGCAGUGUUUGAAACACUGGCACACAACAAGCCAUGGCCGAGACACAAUCAGAUGCCCGAAGUGUCAAGCUAUUAGCAGAGUGCCUGAAAGUGGCGAUUUGACAGAUCUUCCGACCAGUUUUUACCUGAACGGCUUGAUUGAUGUGCUAGCAAUUAAAGAGUGCAAAACCAGCCAAGUACGAUGUGGAAAUUGCGACAAGAAAAGCGCCGAGAGUUCCUAUUGUUUUCACUGUUGCGUGUUUUGGUGUGACGAGUGCAUCAUUGGACACAACAUCAUUCGCAGCAAUAAAGAUCAUCGUGUUCUGGCGCUCAAAGACUUUCAAGACAAGGACUAUGAAGAUGUGAUGAAACGACCUGCUUUCUGUCCUAAGGAAGAUCAUAACAAAGAAGAGCUAAAGUACUUUUGCAAAGACUGUGAAAUGCCACUUUGCCAAAUUUGUGUCACAUUGGAUCAUGGAGGUCAUAAUAUGAAGUUAAUCAAAGAAGAAGCGGAGACACAAAAGACUGAAAUGAAGUCUUUCAUUGAAAAACAGCGACACAAUUUACAAGCAAAGAUGAAUGUCGUGAGCCGACUUGAUGAAGACUGUGCCACACUGAUACAACAAGGCGAAGAUGUGAAGAGAGAGAUUCAAACAUUUGUUGACAAUUUAAUUGCAGCCAUUGAAGCAAACAAGAAAAACAUAUUCGCAGAGGUGGAAAAAGAAACAAAUAAGUCGAUUGAAAGCAUAACAAGGCGAAAGACCGAGAUCGAGCGUCAAAUGACGGCCAUAAAAUCAUCUCUGGAGAAGGCUGACAAACUUUUAACCCGAAGUACAAACGCUGAAAUCGUUCAACUCAAGAAAUCAUCAGACACCAUCUUUGAAGGAGUUCAUCAAAUCGAGCCAACCGACUGUGACCCCGAACUUGUGGCUCAUUUUGUCUUCGUGGAAAAUUAUAAGUUAUUUAACACUCAAAACCAAACAAAUUGGAACUUUGAAAAAACCAACAAAAGCAGGUCAUUGUGAUAUUGAAGGCAAAGGACUGGAGGAAGGAAUUGCUCUCCGUGAAGCUCACUUUACCUUGACAACAAAGGACACCGAAGGAAGACAGUGUUACGAUGAACGUGACCAUGUAACGGUGGAGAUCAGGGACGAACAGGGACGAGAAUGCACGUCAGAAAUACAAAUAAAUGACUGUAAAGAUGGACUCUAUCAAGUCAGAUAUUGUCCCAGAGAUCCAGGAAAAUGUCUAGUGACUGUAAAGGUAAAUGGGGAACAUGUCCGUGACAGUCCUUUUGCUGUGCAGGUAACACCAUUUCAGUUUAAACCUGUACUUUCCUUCGGGGAAGAGGGCUCGUCUGAGGGAAUGUUUAGGCUUCCUUGGGGGGUAGCAGUAAGUGCCAAAGAUGAGAUAGCUAUAACUGAUCAUAACAACCACAGAGUCCAAAUUUUUAACAGUGAAGGAAAUUACUUAAGAUCGUUUAGUACCGAAGGAGUAGAAUUUAAAUUUCCUACCGGAAUAACAUAUCAUGAUAAUGGGAAUAUUUUCGUGGCAGACUAUGGGAACAGUAGAAUCCAAAUUUUCAAAGGGAAGGGUGAGUACGUGGGAUCCUUUGGUGGGAGAGGAAGCCUUGAUAGUCAGCUCCUUAGUCCCUGUGGUUUAUCGGUAGACAGUGAUGGGAAUAUCAUUGUCACUGAUUCAGGUGACAGGCUGAUUAAGAUAUUUUCUCCUGAUGGCAAUUUUCUAACGAAGAUAGGAGAGCAGGGCUAUUUUACUAUUCCUGUCCACUGUAUUCAGUAUGAAAGAUAUCUCAUAGUGUCAGACUAUGGUGAACAUUGUAUCAAAGUGUUUGACAGAAAAGGAAACUUUCAGUACAAGUUUGGAAAGGAGGGUGGAGGGGACGGGGAGUUAAAUAGUCCCAGUGGUUUGUUGGUGAACAAAUCAGGUCACUUGGUGGUCUGUGACGAAAAUAACCACAGAAUACAAGUAUUUGAGCUGAAUGGAAAGUUUCUCAGCAAGUUUGGAAAAAAGGGCGGCAAUUUAGGAGAGUUCGAUAGUCCAACCUCUUUAGCAGUUCUCACCAAUGGCCAAAUUGUUGUUUGUGACGCUUUUAACCAUCGUAUACAGAUACUGGAAUAA